AUGAGCCCAGCGGCGGCCGCAGCCUCUUUCCCGGUGAUCGACUUUUCUCCUUUCUUCACCACCGGCGGCGGAGAAAAUGAGGUCGAGAAAGAGGAGGUGAUCAACAGCAUCCGGGAAGCUUGCUCCGACUACGGCUUCUUCGUGGCCGUCAACCACGGCAUCCCGGCGGAGGCCAUGGACCGGUCCUUGGAAAUGGCACACGAGUUUUUCGAUCGCCCUUCGGAGGAGAAGCUCAAGUGUACCCCGCCGACGUCGGACACGCCGGUCACCACCGGCUACGCCAAGCAGCCCGACCACUCGCCCAACAAGAACGAGUACUUCUUGAUGUUCGAACCUGCCUCCGCUUUCAACGUCUACCCCACAAGCCCCGCUCCUUUCAGGGGAGCAGUGGAUGAGAUCUACGGGGGAUUGUUGGCGAUGGCGAGGUUGAUCGAGAGCCUAAUGAACAGGUGCUUGGGAGUGCCUGAAGGUUUGAUGGAAAAGUUCAACGACGACCGGCAGUGGGAUAUAAUGACGGCGUUCCGCUACUUUGCGGCGGCGGAGUUGGAGACGCCGGACAAGAAGACGGGCUUGUACGGUCACAAGGACGUGAACUUGAUGACUUUAGUGCUGCAAGACCAAGUCGGAGGGCUGGAGUUUCAGAAGGACGGCGAGUGGAUUCCGAUCACUCCAAUCCCUCAUUCCCUUGUGGUCAACGUUGGUGACAUCAUCCAGGUACUGAGCAACAACAAAUUCAAGAGCGUAAACCACAAGGUGAAUUCGCCGCAGGGAAGAGACCGGCACUCGUUUGCGUUCGCGUACCUCAUCGGAUUCGAGAAAAUGGUGGAGCCACUGGCAGAGGUGAUGAAAGAGAGCAAGGAGGAGCCCAAAUUCAGCAAGUUCCGUUACAAAGACUACUUCCAGCUCCGAGUAGCUGACCUCUUCAACCCUCCGGCCAAUUUGGACGAUGCCGUUACCAUUAACCACUAUGCCAUCCCUCCCACCGUCGCCGCCGCCGCUGCUCCGGCCAACUGA